GAAACAGUGGUUAAAUAAAAAGGCUACAGAAAAGAUGAGCUGUUGCAUACCAACGAAAUCAACAACCGAGAGAAACAUUUCUCAGCAAGCAUCAAAUCCUAGUCUUAACGUAAGACGCGACAUUCUUGUGAGAAUCCCAGAAUGCAAGGUUAUUCUGAUGAACGAGGGCGAAGCCGGGCAGCUUGCCGCGGGCGACUUCGAGCUCCAGUGGAUAUCAGACGGCGAUGUAGCGCUGGCCGCAGCCGUGAAGGUCGGGGAGAAGCUCCAGUGGCCGCUGACCAAGGACGAGCCGAUAUUGAAGCUCGACGCUCUUAACUACCUCUUCUCGCUGCCGAUGAGCGACGCCCAGCCUCUCAGCUACGGCGUGGCGUUUGCGCCUGAGACGAGUGGCGGACUCUUGGGGCAGUUGGAUGCGUUGCUGGCCAAGCAUUGCUUGUUCACCGCUGCGCAGAAGAAGAAAAAUGUUGGCAUCGAUUGGAACAAGUUUGCGCCGGCGGUGGAUCAGUAUAACACUUUGUUGGGCCAGGCUAUUGCCAUAGGCACCGGCCACGUUAUUAGGGGCAUCUUCAAGUGCACAGAGGCUUAUACUAGUAAGGUGCAGGAAAUAGGGGAAACAAUCCUGAUUCCCAGAGUUGGGGAGAAUAACGCAGACCAGCCUGAAAAAAUCAGUGACAGUGGAGCAAACCAAAACAAGGCAUCCCUCAACAAAGCCUUGAUACACGCAAAGAAAUUGACAAAUAUGACAUAUAAAAUAACCAAGACCAUGGUUGAUGUGAUCGACGAAGCUUCAGAAUCAGUUAGAGAAGCGCGUGUGGCUUCCAUUAAUGCAGUUAAAAUGUUACUAGAGGCAACUGAAGCCGCUAGGAAUGAAGCAAUCGAAGCCACCGCGGGCGCUGUGCAAGACGCUGUCACUCGUAGGUGCGGAGAGAGAGCUGGGAAGAGGACGGAGCACAUAUUUGAAAUUGUAGGGAAUUGUGCCUCUACACUUUGCAAUAUAUUCAAGAUAAGAAAAGCCGUAGUCAGUUGUUGGACUGCUAUAUGUUGUUCAAAGAGCAACAAGAAGAUGGACUGACAAUUUGUAUACUUCAUCCCAUUUCUAUAUUUCAUUCAUGACCAUUUAUAUAUUGUUGUAUUAACCAUUCA